AUUUUGACCGACCUAGUGACCAUGAAGAAGCUUUUGCUAGAGAUCUUUCAGAAUUUCCUUCUCUAGAAAAUGGUGCCGGAACAAAUGAUGACGAUGACUCGAGCAUUGGUAUGCCCAUCCAGCAACAAAGAAAAAAAGAACAAACAUAUUUCAAGGUGGAUCAUGCUUCCAAACAGAGUAAAGAGAGACCAUCCACUGCAGGGCUUUCCUUGCCUUUGGGCAGUGACCAAACCUUUAAUUUAAUGAGUGGAAUUGCUGGGGAUGUCAUUGCAGCCGCGGUGUCUGCUGCCAUCAAAGACCAGUUGCAGUCCGCCCAGCAAGCUCCCUCACACGCAGUGCCCAGUUUGAGCGAGGAGACAGACACAGAGGAAGCCGACGAUUUUGAACUGCUUGACCAAUCUGAGCUUGAGCAGAUUGAGAAAGAAUUGGGACUUUCACAAGGCCAAGAAGCAGAAUCCCAGGAAAAGAAAAAAUCUUCGGGCUUCCUUUCAAAUCUGCUUGGAAAUCAUUAA